AGACAUAAAAGCAUACACAAGAGAGAGAGAGAGAGAGAGAGAGAGAGAGAGAGAGAGAGAAUUUUUGAGGCAGAGGCAGAAAGAUCCAACAACAACAUGGGUUGAGAGUGAAAGAAGAAAAGCAGCUGAAGGUGCUGUUGUAGCAGUUGCUAAUCCAGAGCAAACCCAGAAUCUGAUUACUAUCGUUCCAUUAAUUGGAUCCAUUACUGGUCUUCAAUCGGACUGAGAGCAGAUAAGAGAAGUGGUGGUGUUCUUGGCUGGAUUCAUGGCAGCCCUGUCACAUCCUGAUUCGAGACGAAAGUAUUCUUGGUGGUGGGACAGCCACAUAAGCCCCAAAAAUUCAAAAUGGCUUCAAGAGAAUCUUACAGAUAUGGAUGCAAAAGUCAAACAAAUGAUCAAGCUUCUUGAAGAAGAUGCGGAUUCCUUUGCACGAAGGGCAGAGAUGUAUUAUAAGAAACGACCAGAGCUUAUGAAACUUGUUGAAGAGUUUUACCGAGCAUACCGGGCAUUGGCUGAAAGAUAUGAUCAUGCAACUGGAGCGCUACGCCAAGCUCAUAGGACUAUGGCAGAAGCAUUUCCAAAUCAAGUUCCAUUUGAUGACUCACCUGCAGGUUCUUCUGCAAGUGAGAAUGAUCCUCAAACACCUGAAAUGUCACCCAUGAUACGUUCCAUUUUUUACCCUGAUGAGCUGCAAAAGGAUGCUUUGGGACUGUCUCCAUCUGCUUUCAAUGUUUUCAAGAGGAAUGGAGCUUUUACCGAAGAACCUACUGUGACAAGCAGAAAAACUCUAAAAGAGCCUAAUGAUUCGUUUGGCGAAGGAAAGGCAAGAAAAGGCCUUAAUUUUCAAGAUGAAGAAGAGAAAGAACAGAGCACCCAAAAUAAUGGGAGUGAACAUAUCAGUGCUCAAGUUCUUUCCCAGUCUGAGCAACUGGGUAAAGCUGAGACGGAAAUUUUGACCUUAAAGGAAACUCUUGCUAAAUUUGAAGCCGAAAAGGAAGCUGUCCUACUUCAGUAUCAACAGAGUCUAGAGAAAUCAUCUGCUCUGGAAUCAGAAGUCUCUAGUGCGCAUAAGGAUUCCAAGGGAUUCAGUCAACGAGCCAGUCAAGCUGAAGCUGAAGUUCAAACUUUGAAGGAAGCCCUUUCCAAACUACAGUCAGAAAGGGAUGCUAGUGUUCUUCAAUACCAGCAGUGUAUGGAAAUGAUAUCUAAGUUGGAGGAUGAAGUCUCUCAUGCCCGGAAGGAUGCUGGAGAACUUAAUGAGCGUGCCACUAAAACUGAAGUUGAAGCUAAAGCCAUAAGGCAAGACCUUGUAACAGUAGAAGCUGAAAAAGAAGCUGCCCAUGCACAAUACAAUCAGUGUUUGGAGAUUAUAUCUAACUUGGAGGAGAAAUUACUGCAUGCAGAGGAGAAUGCCAGAAUGACUAGCGAAAGAGCUGAUAAAGCUGAAACCAAAGUUGAGAUCCUGAGGCAAGAACUUGCCAGAUUAACUGAAGAGAAGGAAGCUGCUGCCCUCCAGUACCUGCAAUGCUUGGAGACUAUUGCUGAUCUGAAGCAUAAAAUCUCUUAUGCACAGGAGGAGGCCCAAAGGUUAACAUGUGAGAUAGAUGAUGGAGUUGUGAAGCUAAAGGGUGCUGAGGAAAGGUGUUUUCUUUUGGAAAAAUCAAAUCAAACUCUGCAGUCUGAGUUGGAGUCUUUGGUGGAGAAGAUGGGGUCUCAAAGUGAAGAACUUACCGAGAAGCAGAAGGAAUUAGGUAGACUUUGGAGUUGCAUACAGGAAGAGCGUUUGCGAUUCGUGGAGGCUGAAACUGCUUUCCAAACUCUGCAGCAUUUACAUGCUGAAUCUCAAGAAGAACUGAGAUCUCUGGGUGAAGAACUUCAAAAUAGGACCCAAAUUCUGAAGGAAAUGGAAACUUGUAAUCAAGGUUUAGAGGAUGAAGUCCAGAGGGCCAAGGAGGAGAACAAGAGCCUGAAUGAGCUCAAUUUGUCUUCAGUUGUCUCAAUUAAAAAUCUGCAAGAUGAGAUCUUAAGUUUGAGGGAGACAAUAAGGAAACUUGAAGAGGAGGUUGAACUUCGAGUGGACCAAAGAAAUGCUCUUCAGCAAGAAAUAUACUGUCUGAGAGAAGAACUUAAUGAGCUGAACAAGAAACACUUGACUGUGAUGGACCAGGUGGAGUCAGUAGGCUAUGAUUCAGAGUGCUUUGGGUCAUCUGUGAAGGACUUGCAGGUUGAGAACUCAAAACUAAAAGAGAUGUGUGAGGCAGAGAGCAGCGACAAAGUUCUUCUGUUGGAAAAGUUGGAAAUCGUGGAGAAACUACUCGAGAAAAAUGUUGUUUUGGAGAAUUCCCUCUCGGAUUUGCAUGUCGAGUUAGAAGGGGUUAAAGAGAAAGUCAAAACCUUGGAAGAAUCCUGCCAAACUCUUUUGGGAGACAAAUCCGCUCUUGUAGAUGAGAAGGCUACCCUGAUUUCUCAAUUACAGAGUACAGCUGCAAAUUUGGAGAAACUCUCCGAGAAAAACAACUUUCUUGAGAAUUCCCUUUUUGAUGCAAAUGCUGAACUUGAAGUAUUGAGGAUAAAAUCUGAGAGCUUAGAAGAUUCGUAUAUGUUGCUUGAUAUGGAGAAGUCUGGCCUAGUCACUGAGCGUGAAAGCUUGUUUUCUCAGCUGGAUGUCACUAAGCAAAGACUGGAAGAUCUGGAGAAAAGUUUUUCAGAACUUGAACACAAGCACUCUGAUCUUGAGAAUGAGAGAGAAUGCUCACUUCGUAAAGUAGAAGAACUGCAGGCUUCCUUGGAUGCUGCACAGCAAGAACAUGCCAGCUUUUCAAGCUCAAGUGAAAAACGGUUGGCUAGCAUGGAAUUACAGAUCCAUGUCCUAGAAGAAGAAGGGCAAUGCAGGAAGAAAGAAUAUGAAGAGCAGCAAGACAAAACUUUCAGUGCUCAGAUUGAGAUCUUCAUCUUGCAGAAAAGUGUACAUGAUCUUGAAAAAAAAAUCGUCUCUCUUUUGAUUGAGUGCCAAAAUCUCUUGGAGGCAUCCAAAUUAUCGGGAAAACUCAUUUCUGAACUAGAGCAUGAAAAUCUUGAACAACAGGUGAAAUUGAAGUCCUUGUUUGGACAAAUGAAAAAUUUAAGGAUGGGGCUGUAUCAGGUUUUAAAAACUCUUGAGAUUGACGCAGACCAUAUGUUUGAAAAUAAGAUCAACCAAGAUGAAGCACUUCUGAGACACAUACUGAGCAAGCUUCAAGAGACACAGAAUUCUAUCUCUAGGAGUUAUGAUGAAAAUCAGCAGCUACUAAUUGAGAAGUCAGUUCUUGUUACCCUGCUGGGGCAACUGAAAGUAGAUGCAGUAAAUGUUGUGACAGAAAGGGACAACCUUGCUGGGGAAUUCAAGAUUCGGUCUGAGCAGUUCUCUGAGUUGCAGAUGGAGAUCCAAAACCUUUUGGGGAUGAAUGAAAAAUGGAGGUUGAAAGUAAUGGAGGGAGAUCAUAGAAUCGAGGAGUUGAUAACUGAAACAGAGAAUAUGCGUGGCCAGUUGAUGGACUUGCAAAGAGCCAAUCAGAACUUACAAGAAGAUUAUUUCAAGGUGCUUGGAGAGAAAAAAUCCGUGAUGAAGGAAGCAUUUGACUUGGUGGGAGAAAAAAGUGACCUUGAAGAAGCUAACUGGGUCUUAUUUGGUGAAAUAAUGUCUCAGUGCAAUAUUUCUUUGAUUUUUAAUAAUAUGGUCACUGAAAAGUUUGCAGAAUUGAAAGAGCUGACUGAAGAACUGGAUAAACUUCGUUGUAUCAAUAAUGACCUUGAAGAGAAGGAAAGAUUAAUGGUGGGGAAAUUAGAAGAUGUACAAACGGAAAAUUUAAACCUCAAGGAGUCCUUGAAUGAGUCUGAGAACGAGUUUGCAUCACUUAAAUCUAUUAGUGAUCAAUUAAGAUUUGAAAUUGCACACGGGAAGGAUCUAUUGUCUCGGAAAGAAAAUGAGCUUUUGGAAGCAGAGCAGAUAUUCGGUGCAACUGCAAAUGAGAAAAGACAGUUGCAUAAAUUAGUGGAGGAUCUUAAGGACAAGUAUGACGAGGCUAAAUUGAUAAUCAAAGAUCAGGAGAAGCAGAUUCUGAAAUUAUCUGCAAAUAAUGACGAUCAGAGUAAGGAGAUGGGAUGUGUACGUGAAGUGAAUCAGAAAUUGGAGUCUGACCUGUGCAGACUGUGUGAAGAACUUAGGUCAGCCACAAUUAGGGAAGAAAGUUUGAAUUCUGAAAUGCGAAAGGGAACAGAGGAGAUUAAACUGUGGGAGAGUCAGGCUGCCGCAUUUUUUGCUGAACUGCAAAUCUCCAAUGUCCGUGAAGUGUUGUUUGAAGGAAGGAUUCAUGACCUAGCUAUUGCAUGUGAGAGCCUUGAAAAUAGGAGUAAUUGCAAAGAUACGGAGAUUGUAUUGCUGAAAGAAAGAGUUAGCACCUUGGAAGGUGAAAAGGAAGGACUGGAAGAAAGCUUGAAUUCUGAAAUGCAAAAGGGAACAGAGGAGAUUAAACUGUGGGAGAGUCAGGCUGCCACAUUUUUAGCUGAACUGCAAAUCUCCAGUGUCCGUGAAGUGUUGUUUGAAGGAAGGAUUCAUGACCUAGCUAUUGCAUGUGAGAGCCUUGAAAAUAGGAGUAAUUGCAAAGAUACGGAGAUUGAAUUGCUGAAAGACAGAGUUAGCACCUUGGAAGGUGAAAAGGAAGGACUGGAAGAAAGCUUCAAUUCUGAAAUGCGAAAGGGAAUAGAGGAGAUUAAACUGUGGGAGGGUCAGGCUGCUGCAUUUUUUGCUGAACUGCAAAUCUCCAGUGUCGGUGAAGUGUUGUUUGAAGGAAGGAUUCAUGAGCUAACUAUUGCAUUUGAGAGCCUUGAAAAUUGGAGUAAUUGCAAAGAUAGGGAGAUUGAAUUGCUGAAAGAAAGAGUUAGCACCUUGGAAGGUGAAAAGGAAGGACUGGAAGAAAGCUUGAAUUCUGAAAUGCGAAAGGGAACAGAGGAGAUUAAACUGUGGGAGAGUCAGGCUGCCGCAUUUUUUUCUGAACUGCAAAUCUCCAGUGUCCGUGAAGUGUUGUUUGAAGGAAGGAUUCAUGAGCUAACUAUUGCAUGUGAGGGCCUUGAAAAUAGGAGUAAUUGCAAAGAUAGGGAGAUUGAAUUGCUGAAAGAAAGAGUUAGCACCUUGGAAGGUGAGAAGGAAGGACUGGAAGAAAGCUUGAAUUCUGAAAUGCGAAAGGGAACAGAGGAGAUUAAACUGUGGGAGAGUCACGCUGCCGCAUUUUUUUCUGAACUGCAAAUCUCCAGUGUCCGUGAAGUGUUGUUUGAAGGAAGGAUUCAUGAGCUAACUAUUGCAUGUGAGGGCCUUGAAAAUAGGAGUAAUUGCAAAGAUACGGAGAUUGAAUUGCUGAAAGAAGGAGUUAGCACCUUGGAAGGUGAGAAGGAAGGGCUGGAAGAAAGCUUGAAUUCUGAAAUGCAAAAGGGAACAGAGGAGAUUAAACUGUGGGAGAGUCAGGCUGCCGCAUUUUUUGCUGAACUGCAAAUCUCCAGUGUCCGUGAAGUGUUGUUUGAAGGAAGGAUUCAUGAGCUAACUAUUGCGUGUGAGAGCCUUGAAAAUAGGAGUAAUUGCAAAGAUACAGAGAUUGAAUUGCUGAAAGAAAGAGUUAGCACCUUGGAAGGUGAAAACAGAGGACUACAAGCUCACCUGGCUGCUUAUACCCCUGCUGUUAUCUCUGUUAAACAUAGCGUAUCUUCUCUGGAGAAGCAUACACUAUUUCAUAGUAGGCUUUCUGCAGUUGAAAAUGAAAAGGCAAAGGAUGUUCUUUUGGUGACUCGCCCACAUGCUGAAAUCUAUCAACAUAUGGAUGAAAAUGGAAUUACCAUGGUGCCAGACGAAUUUUCAGAUUUGCAGGAUUUGCAAAGGAGGGUGGAAGCUAUUGAGAAGGCAGUGGUGGAAAUGGAAAGGCUUGCGAUGCUGGAACAACUAAAUGCUAAUGGCAAGCUAGAGGCUGCAAUGAGGGAAAUUGAAGAGUUGAAACUUCAGAGUCACUCUCGUCAAGAAAAUGUUCAAGCAAGGAAGCAUGUUACUCCACACCAACCUGAAGGGAAAAGGGUGCAUGGUAAUGGUCCCAGUCAGGGGAUGCAGACACGGGAGGUUUCUGAUGCAAGAAAUGAAGUUCUGACUAAAGACAUCAUGCUUGAUCAGAUAUCAGAGUGUUCAUCUUAUGGUAUAAGCAGGAGAGAAACUGCAGAGGCUGAUCAGAUGCUUGAGUUAUGGGAAACCACUGACCGGGAUGGCAGCAUUGACCCCAUGGUUGGCAAGGGUCAGAAGGGGGCUACGGCACAACCCCACAAUCAGAUUGAACCAGUCAAGGAGCACAAACCUGCACGCACCCCUUCAGAGUCAUUACUCGAGAAGGAGCUGGCUGUGGACAAGUUAGAAAUAUCUGGGAGACUCACUGAGCCCCGUCAGAGAGGGAAUAAGAGGAAGAUUUUAGAAAGACUUGAUUCUGAUGCACAAAAGUUGACAAACCUUCAAAUCACAGUGGAAGAUUUAAAGAGGAAGGUAGAGAAUACUGAGAAAAGUAGGAAGGAUAAAGGUGUUCAAUGUGAUACAAUCAAGGGGCAGCUGGGUGAAGCUGAGGAAUCCAUCACCAAGUUGUUUGAUGUAAAUCGCAAAUUGAUCAAGACAGUAGAAAGUAGUUCCUUGUCUUUUGAUGGAGUUUCUGCACUAGACUCAGAUGAGAGUGUGAAUGCCAGGAGAAAAUUUUCUGACGAAGCACAAAGAGGGUCUGAAAAAAUUGGCCAGUUGCAGUUGGAGGUGCAGAAAGUACAGUUUCUUCUGCUGAAGCUUGAUGACGAGAAGGAAACGCAAGGGAAAACAAGAAUCACUGACCGAAAACCUAAAGUUCUCCUGCGAGAUUAUCUCUAUGGUGGGCUAAGAACCAACCAGAAGAGAAAGAAAACGACCUUUUGUGCGUGUGUCCGACCUCCAACCAAUGGCGAUUGAAGCAGUUAAAAUUAUUCUGCAUAUAUUGAGGAUGAAUAAUUGAGAUAUUAGUUUCAUUCCCUAUAGAGUUUCAUUCAUUGAGAUGUCAGACCCACAUGUUUUUCUUUGUUUUGUAGACAGAAUCGUCUUCUUUGUCUCAGAGAUCCUGCUGUAAAUUUCAGAAUCAUAUAAUUUUACGGAUUCUGCUCUUAUGGAGCAUGAUUCGCCCCACCCCAUUUUUCUAUCCUGUAGAACUAACUUGGGUGUUGGAAAACCCAUCUUCUUCAAGGUUACCAAAGUUUUCCUGUGCAA